AUGGCUUCAAGACCCGUUGUCCAACAGCAAAACAGAGCCGAGGCAGGUCCAGGGGAUGUUAAGCAGAAAAACACGGCCCCCAAAGGGCGCCGUGCACUAGGUGAUAUUGGGAAUCUGGUUACAAUUCGUGGAGUCGAUGGCAAACCAUUGCCUCAAGUCUCCCGCCCUGUUACAAGAAGUUUCUGCGCACAACUACUCGCUAAUGCACAAGCUGCAGCAGCCGAAAACAAGAAAUCAGUGGCUCUGAAUGUGGGAGGAGCCAAAGGGAUUAAAGGAGCCGAAGCACGGAAGCCAGCUCAGAAGAAAGUUACUGUCAAACCGAAACCUGAAAAUGUGAAUGUGAUUAGUUCUGAUACUGAAAAAGAGAACAAGAAUGAGAACACUCAGAACAAGAAAAGGUCUGGUGAAGGGUCCUCUAGAAAGAAAGCUCCAACUCUUACUUCAGUUCUUACAGCUCGAAGCAAGGCUGCUUGUGGACAGGUUGAUAAAGCCAAGGUGCAGAUGAAUAAUAAGAAGCUAUCUCCUGUCCCUCGGGACAUGUGGCAUGGUGGGAGUGGUUCAGGAUCCAAAAGGGCACCGAGCUCCUUAUUCCCGUGCUGA